CAUACACCGGUAGGAACUGUACUUUGUGCCCCAUAGGCUAGAUGGCGCAGUCUAUAACCCAAUAGAUGCAAACGCCCUAUUUCUGCUUCAAAACAAGACACACUGACCCCACUGACCGAAUAUUUUCCUCCAGAGGUAGCGUCGGUAGCGCGUCACGGAUGCUUGCGCAUGCUCCCUUGUCUUGUGGUGUGAGUUCUCCCAACUUUGGCCUCUCGAGGAAAUAAAACCGAUAAAACUUCGGUGUGAUUAAUAUCCGGGAAGAUGAACUCAUCCGGGUGUUUGUGGUCGACUUUCGAGGAAACGAUACGACGUCGAUAUGCCUGGAAUGCGUGAGGAGGAAGAGCCCGACGAACGUCGACGGUGGUCGGUUGGAGCGCAAUGUUUAUGAUGGCCGUGUCGGUAUCAGCAGCACAACGACGGCGGUUAUCGCAGCCUCUAACCGCUGCGGUAACGCUUAUCCUUUGAAACUUUCUCGGAGGCUCAGAUAUGAGGCACUAACGACCCAUACACGGAAGGCAGUAUGUCUUGCUGCGGUACCAGAGCUCUGGUUUUGACGAUUUGCAUCCUUCAACUGAUUGCGACCUUCCAGCGGCAAGUUUUCGACUUUCUGGGCUACAUGUGGGCCCCGAUCCUGGGCAACUUCUUCCAGAUCAUAUUCGUCAUCUUCGGGUUCUUCGGAACGUACCACUACCGGCCUAGAUACGUCGCUGCGUACCUCGUCUGGACCUUUGCCUGGAUCGGUUGGAACGUCUUCGUGAUCUGUCUCUACAUGGAAGUUGGCUUCUUAAGCAGGGAUUCGAGCAUUCUGAACAUCGGCACGGGGAGCCGUAGCUGGUGGGAAGCCCACGGCUUCGGCUGCUCGGCCGUCUUCAACUUCAGCUCUUCGGACGACAUCCUGGCCGUCACCAAGCCGGUUUUUGUGAGCGGAUGUCUCCUGGAAUACUACCACGUGGAGUGCAUCCAGGCAGGGGUCCAGUGUCUUCUUGCAUUUGUCGGUUUCGUUGGAGGGUGCUACGUCAUCUACCUCUACACGCAAGAGGACGAUUCGUUUGAUUUCAUUGGGGGCUUUGACCCUUACUCUGCCUACAUAACCCCACCAAAGCAGUGUCGCAUGCAACACACGAUCUAUGCUGAGAAGAAACAAAAGAAAGCCGCUGAGCAGCCUUCCUUAUAGCAUCGAGUUCAGGACCGACCCCCCCAACGACCCGCCGGGACCGCCCCGGGCACCCAUGACGCCACGGCGCGUCAAGCGGCGCUCCACGCGCUCCAAGCGCGGAAGCAACGGCCAGGUCCGCUACCAGAACCCCGUGACGCGUCUGCUGGACCGGUCCCUGGACACGUCGAGCAACGACAGCUACGCCCACCUCGGCAGCGGCGGCGGCGGCCUGAGCAACCCGGUCUUUCUGGGCUCCCGGUCCAGCCUGCACUCACUGUACGGCAAGGCCAACCCAAAUGUCAGUGCCCACGGGCGUGCCAGCCAACAGUCCUUGCGGUCGUCACGGGGAGGGGGCCGCCCGCCGUACAUCAACAGCUCGGAGACGGUCAUCUAAGUGGCCGUCUGCUCAGAGACGGUCGUGUGAACAGUCGUCUGCUCGGAGGCAGUUAUCCAAGCGGUUGUUCGCCAGGAGACAGUCACCUAAGCAGUUGUCUGCACGGAGACGAUCAUCUGAGCAAUCGUCUGCCAGGGGACAGUCGUCUGAGUGGUCGUCUGCUAGGAGACAGUCAUCUUAGUGGUCGUCUGCUUGGAGACAGUCAUCGGAGCGGUCGUCUGCUUGGAGACGGUCAUCUCAACAGUCGUCUGGUCGUUGGACGGCUUGUCUGUCCCGUGACGCCGGCGAGUGCGGGGUCUCAGAGGAGGGGAGGGCGGUUCUAAAGGGGGUGAUCCCGAACUGGAGGGCGUGUCCCUCAUUGGUGCCAGGACGCCGGUGUUACAGACCAUCUGUUGGUGCCAUUUUCAGACGGCGUGUUGGUUGUUGUUCAGACGCUCGGAAGGUGGAUGAGCGUCUCACGAUUUGACGCUGGGAAGGGAAUGUUUUUUGUUGGUUGGCUGUGGGAAUGUUUUGAUGACUGCUUAUAUGUUGUGGCGCUUGCGUUUUUUUUGGUGUGUGUGUAUACGGUCAGACCUCUCAGAUUUCUACCCCUUGGUUGCCACUGAGACUGUUAACGAGUGGAGAGAUUUUGUAAAUUGAGGGUGAGAUGGGGCAGGUAUCUUUUCUUAGAGUUGUCUCACUGUAAAUAUUGGCCACUUUACGACGAGUCAUGGCUCAUUUUGUCUCGUAACUUGCCCCACGUUGAUGGCAUCAGGCGGGACUAUCACAUUUAUUUACCUCCAUUAAUUUUUAAUUUCUUUGUGUUCAAAUUUGAAUGUUUAGUAUUUUACUAUUUCAUUUAUGUAACUGAAUAAUUUUGUAAAUGAAAGCCAAAAGAACAGUCAUCACUAGACAGUGUUUAUACUCAUUAGUGACAUUGUUUUAUUGCUCGCAGCAGUCUGCAGAUCAUAGGUUUUGUUUAAUGGUUGGUAUUUUUAAGCUUUUUUUCGUUAUUAGAGGUGAAGAGCAACUUUGGGGUUGCCAGAGCGAGGUCUGACCAUAUUUGCACUUGUACAAAUAUAUACAUUUGAGUCAAACUUUUUUGUAUUUGUCAUGGUGUUUCAAUCGUUUCUAUAUCUGAUGAAUCUAAGGAAUGUUUUAAAAUAUUUGGAGGCACUUUUUUUUAUUGCUUGGUAUUACAAAAUAAUGCCCUUCUACAAAACUUUACAGCUGUUUUUACUCUUAGUUUUUUUCUAAAGCCAUUCUUUUUCUUUUUGAGCUUCCUACUGCAGCCAUACCUUUUGUGACGGCAUUUCAGCAUAAUUACAGAAGUUCCUAGGUGAAGUGGAACUGUGAGGGAAUCUGGUGAAAAACAUACUUUUUAAGAAGUUGGUGCAUGAAAGCAAGUAAAAAACAAAAACCACAUUUGUUUUUGUGGAUAGUAGAUUAGGUUAUGAAUGUUGAGCACAGACUUGUGCACCUUGAAUAAUUCUUGUUACAUGAUUGGUAUUGUGCAGUUUUGCGAAUGCUUUACACAAGUGUUUCCUAAAGCUGCCUGCAAAUUUUCUGUUUAGCAUGUUUCCGCUGCUGUGUUUGCGAUCAGGACGGUCUUUAUGUCGUCGCAUACAUUGUUGUUUUGAUGUUGCAUUCUGUGCUUGCCUUUGAUGUCCCCCUUUAAAUUGUUUGGGUAAAAAGGGUUCCCGUUCCACUGUCCAUAUGUUGUGGCACGCACUAUGCAUCCGUGGAGUGCAAAGUGAGGCAAAAGAGUUGUCUUGGAAAACCAAAGAAUGUCUCGUCAGCGUCCCCUAAAGAUGCUACGCUUGGGGAACGGAGCGCUGUCACGUGUAAAUAGCAACCACAUCAACUUUCAUUUCUACGGUUGGUGGCUUAGCCCUUCUGUAUUUUCCCCAGUGUUUUUUUCUAAAAUUUACUUUUUUGUUAUGUGUCUUAUUACUUAUUUCCCACUCAUUAUUGGCCCACCACAACGAAUACUUUUGCUCGUUCGUUUGCUACCGCAUUACCACGUCACUCUUGUUUCCUACUGUCGACAGAUCUAACUUUGUGAACAAUGUAAAGGACUCACUUGCUGGUUUUCAAGUGGACUUAAGAAAUAUAGCUUAUUUAUUCCUUGUUUUUUAGGCUUCCAUCUGAGCAUUUUACACUGUUGCAUUUUCACGUGCGUUCCAUGCUCGAGUGUUGUUUUUAGGAUGAAAAAGGAAUAUAUGAGGAGAUGUUUUGCUCAAGGCACAUUGAACAUUGAGUAUUUUUGAGUGUCGACCUUCAUACUCCUGUUUCAUUGCUAUGCUUAUUCCAACAUUGUCAUUCCUUGCAGGAUUGUGAAAUGUACCCCCUUCUAACUGUGGCUUGUCUUUCUUUUUAUGAGGAAAGCCACAGUUGGGUGGGGUUUCGUUUUUUUGUUAUCAAGCUUUCUCGAGGUUUUUGAGAGAGGUGGGGAUCUUUUGUAGGGGCUAUAGUAGUUCAAGGAGACAUUACUUUGAGAAAGAGCUGCUGCAUUAGUAAUGUCAUUCUUUUUUAAAUAGAAAAAAUAUGGAACUAAGUUGAACAAAAUAAAAAGUAAGAUCAUUAUAUCUUCAGCACUGCAGACCUAACACACACGAGAAAAUGAGGAAACAGGUCACCAACCGCUAAUAAGACUAUUUCUUCUGUUCACACACAAAAAAAAACACCUGCUCGUUUUCAUAUAUAAAAUGAUACCCUAGUCGAGUGCAUUUCAAAACACAGCAGUCACGACCAUUGCAAUAUCUCAAGUAUAUUCGUGCAAAACCUUUCUCACUUUUUUAAUGUCUAAUAGCUCCUUUUAGAAGAUGUAGGUAUCACAAAUAUGUAAUAUAGGAAAUUGAUAGGGUCUUCUAAAAUAUCACUCGCAUUGUUUGGUUUAGGGUUUCAUCUGUGCACAUUUUCACAAUCCUGCAUCACUCAUGAUCUCAAUCCUUACUCCUGGUGACUUCGAGAUAACCAGAGCUUUUUCAAUGCCCAUUCCUCAAACCAUCGUGCUGGUUCUUGAACCAUCCUGCUUGUUGCUAGUUUGUACAUAAAUCAAAAGCUGUUACCUUAGCAUAUACCUGUACCAUUGCAUAAUCCUGCUAGUUCCUUGUACAUCUCUUUGAUAUGCAGAUAUGUCGCUGUUCACGUUUCCAAGAGUUCAGAUCCCCAUUGACGUCACGGCUGCUUUGUUUGCUUCACGAGUAACUUCUAGAGAUGAAUUCGAAAUAAGAAAGUCUGGUUUACUGUACAUGUUAUCGACAGCCAGUCGAAUCGCCUGAAAGCUAGGAAAUGUUGUAAAUGAGGGUAAAAUAAAAUAGCAAUACAGGGGGAUGUGUACUACACUGAUCACUGCAGGCACACCUUAAAUUUUCACAUAGAUGUUUCGUGGAAUUCAAGAGUUUGGAGUAGGCAAUAGGUUUUAAACUCACUUGUAUGAUGAGCAUGUAUUGUGUGAGGAGAGGUAGCCAGCUCAAGACAAAGCAUUUUUUUUUUUUUUUUCAGUUGAUGUGGGUAAGCAUUUACAACACUAGUAAAGGCACAGAGGUUAAAGAACGGAGCCAUCAUCUUUGUGCACCUUCAUCAUUGUGUCCAACCAGUGCCAAUAUAUUUAUCUUUUUUCCCCAUUUGUUUCCCAUGUGGUGCAUCUUUUGUGUCUGGAAUUGUGUACUUGUUUUGUGCGGCCUUCGUGAUUGCCACUGUACCUAUUAUGAUCUGUCUGGUGUAUUAUAUGUGCUAGUAAUUGUAAUUAGGUCUCCAAUUACAUGGCUCGGAGCAGUAUCAUUGAGGUGACACUCCGUUUUUGUGGUCAUUCUAUCGUUGAAGCACAGAGACAGGAAGGUGGGUUCGUUUCAUUGGCUCAACGCUUUUAUUGGUACAAUUCUGUGAGGGGAAAAAAUAAAAUAAAAAAAGACGCUUAUGAUGGACGUUACUUUGGUAGUGCCUGUAUAAAGUAUAGCCUGUAAUCACUGCCAGUUUGUAACACACUAGACACAAAUAAAAUGGAAGUAUUUUAUUUUGUAUGAA